ACAACAAACUAAUUUCUUCAUAAUUUCUUCCCUUUUCACGCAAUCGUCUUCCUCGUUUUCCUCUGGUCUUCCUAUUUAUUCUUCCAUCCCCCCAUUUCCCUCUUCUUCAACGCCUUGGACUCUCCCUUUCACCCCAACUUCAUAAAGCUGACUUCAAUGUUUGUCUACAAACUCAAGGUGCUUGAAGCAAAUGGCCUUGGUUACCACUGCAGAAGUUUGUGAUGCUAAUCCACAGCUCAUUGUGAGUGGCGAACUUCGAGCCCUCGAACCAGUUUUCCAGAUAUAUGGUCGACGCCAAGUCUUUUCAGGACCAGUAGUCACACUGAAGGUAUUUGAAGAUAACGUCUUGAUUCGUGAGUUCCUUGAGGAGAAGGGUAACGGCAGAGUUCUUGUCGUGGACGGGGGCGGUAGUAAGAGAUGUGCAAUAUUGGGUGGCAAUCCUGUUGUCCAAGCUCAAAACAAUGGAUGGUCUGGUAUAGUUGUGAAUGGAUGUGUUAGAGAUGUGGAUGAAAUUAACGGUUGCGAUAUCGGGGUAAGGGCUCUCGCUUCACAUCCAAUGAAAGCCUACAAAAAACGGGUCGGAGAAAAGCACGUUCCGAUAACUAUAGCUGGGACAAGGAUCAUGGAUGGAGAAUGGCUGUAUGCAGAUACUGAUGGGAUUCUGGUUUCACGAACCGAGUUGUCCGUUUAGAGAACUGUUGAUUAGUUCCCUUCCAAAGAUUUUGAUGGUAGGAUGAUAUUGUUAUACGAGGACAAGCACGAGGGCGAGCGCGAGGGCGAGGGCUCAUCAGUAACGCUCUUAAUGUCUACUUGUGGACCCUAUAAUUCAACUCCUUGUUAUAUUUAUCACUAAAAUGAUGUAUUACUACUUGAGCUUAAUACGAUGUUGUGUGCUGUGAAAGAUGAACUGCUGCAUUAUUGUUGUAAGCAUCUUAUUGUGUUAUGAACACUAAAUACUUGAUUGAAGGAAGAUCCAUAUUUCUAUGUAAAC